UGCUCGCGGUCGUGCGAGCAUUCGCGAGCGUUGUCCUCCUCGUCCCUCGCUCGAAUGAACAGUUAGGAGUGAAAGUAAUCUGGUCUGGUAGAUGUGCAUGAAACCGACUCCCAACAGUCCACAGCCUACAGCCGAAGAAAUCGGUACCGAUAUUCUAUAUCAGUAUCAGCUACGUGUUUCAAUAUUUAAAUUAUUCGAGAACGCGACUUGUGAUAACAACAGCAGAUGUAAAUAUUCGGCGUUUUUCGACUUAAAAUACAUAAAGUGCGAUCCCGAUAACACCGUUAUCGAAAGCGAAAAAUUAAAUUAGUCACAAGUGAAGUAAGCUGUUUAAUAUUCCCAAUUAUAACAAACAUUAAUACCACGUCAAAUCGCAGUUGCGCAGUGAACGUUAAGAAAACCCAAGUAAAACCAAGUAAUUCCGAGUUCGCCAAACGGAUAUACCGUAUUAGGAGUUUGUCGCAUUAGAAGUUCGACGCAUUAAGAGUUCGACGCAUUACGAUGUUUUUUACCGACGUGGCGUUUUUUACGAUUUUAUUUCUUGGAACUUGUAACGUUCACGGAUUCCCGAAACCAAAACAUGACAAAGUUGUCGUUUGUUACGUUGCCUCUUGGGCAGCCUAUCGACCAGGAAAUGGUGCAUUUUUGAUAGAAAAUCUCCGUACGGAACACUGCACUCAUUUAAUUUACGCAUUUGCUGGUAUAAAUGCAUCAGAUUGGACGAUAAGAAGUCUCGAUCCUUGGGCGGAUAUGGAAAAAGAUGGAGUAGGCAACUACAGAAAGAUGACUGCACUACAUAAACAAGGCGUGAAAGUAUUGCUCGGUGUUGGUGGAUGGAAUGAAGGAAGCGCAAAUUAUUCGAAAAUGGCUGCAUCACCGGAUAGUAGAAAAGCUUUUGUCGCCAGUACCUUCAAAUUUCUAAACACAUACGGAUUUGACGGACUGGAUCUUGAUUGGGAAUAUCCUGGGAGUCGCGGUGGUGCUUUGUAUGAUAAACAGAAUUUUGUUAGUCUCGUAAAGGAACUGAGAGAUAUUUUUAAAAAUCGCUUCUUACUGACGGCAGCUAUAAGCGCAGCCAAUCAAACUAUCAAUACCGCGUACGAUAUUCCUGAAAUUUCCAAAUACCUUGAUCACAUUCAUGUGAUGGCAUAUGAUUAUCACGGAGCAUGGGACAAACAAGUUCUACCAAAUUCACCGUUGCGGAGUACGGAUGGAUUAAGUGUGGAAAAUACUAUUACGUAUUUGCUACGACAAGGAGCUCCAGCUGACAAAUUAGUCUUAGGACUGGCAAUGUAUGGAAGAACUUUCAAUCUAACAAAAAUACCAGAAUCGCUAAAAGUAAGUCCGAUUGGUUUGCCUAGUCUGGAUACUGGAUUCAAAGGACCUUAUACUUCUCAAGAAGGCUUUAUGGGAUUUAACGAGAUUUGCGAGGCAUUGGUAUUUUAUCCGCAAGAUUGGACAACUGGAUGGGAUAACCACAGCAGCACAGCUUAUGCGAUUAAAAAGGACAAUGUCGUGGUUUAUGAUGAUCACAAAGCAAUGAUAGCCAAGGUGGAGUACGUAAAAAAACAAAAUCUGGCGGGUGUUAUGAUAUGGAGCAUCGAUACGGACGAUUUCCGAGGUAACUGUGCAUCACUUCAUGGUGACAUGAUGUUCAAGGAACGUGAUUAUCCUCUUAUGAGAGCAAUUAACGCAGCUUUGGCAAAUAAUACCACCGAUAAGAAGAAAAAUAAUAAUAACUCAUCAUCUGUAACAAUGCUCUCAUACAUGGUAUUUGUGCUAUCGAUCGCGAUGAUUUAUCUUUCCUUUUAAUUAAACUUAUGAAUCAUCUACAAAUGCCUAUAUUAAUAUAAAUAAUAAUAAUAAUAAUAUUUAAUAAUAUAUGGCAAUAAAUCUGAGUAAUAUUGAGAACGUGCCAAUGCUAGUGUUUAAAGAUUUUUUCUCUUAUCAGCGCAUUUAGGUUAUAAGAUUAUAGAUUAUAAGAAUGUAAUCUUAACAUUGCUUUUUUUAUGUAUAUAUUAUAAAUUGAAAAAAUUAUGAUUGUAUUUUAAUGCAAAACACAAUA